GUUAGUUUCAUUCAUCUGGCGCCAAAAGGGAAAAAAUAUCAGCUAUGUCGACUCGGUGGAGAAAACUAGUGGGAAAAGGAAAGUGUCAUUUACGAAACGUGUCGCUUCCUUGUGUCAAAGUGGUUGCUUCGGGCAUCUCUGGAAGAAGAUGAAGCUACUGCUGUUUCCACAGCACUAGUCACCUUUCUCAGCAUUUUUUGUCACUCUAGUAGUUGUAUGUAAGAGUUGGGAUACUGAUGAUACUAUAGAAAGGAAACAAGUCGAAAUAGGAGCUACAACCCAACAAAUAUACCUAUACGUAUACACAAAUUGUACCUUACGUUUACCGUAAACAAUUGGAUUAAUGUUGAACGACGACGACGACGAUCACUCCGAGUGAGAAGGCAGCAGCAGCCGAUACUAUUAUCAUAUUUGGAGCAAGGAAUUAGUGAAGUUGAGAAGAUGGAAUCGGAGGCAGUAGCGACAAGGCCGCUGGUUGGAUCAAUUUCUAUACCUGGAAGGAAGCGUGUAAUGGAAGAUACAAUUUCAAUUCGACCUAAUCUUUGCUCACCCGAGAUUAAUCGCCGCCGACCCGUUGAUUUCUUCGCUGUUUAUGAUGGACAUGGUGGACGCCAUGUAAACCCUACGGUAGCUUCAAUGUGUAGAGAGAGAAUGCAUGUGGUACUAGACGAAGAGCUGAUUCGCGUUGUUGUAGACAUGGGUGGUAGCAGCAGCCCCUGUGAAAGACAGCAACCAUUGGAAGGGCAGAGGACGGAGGAAGCAUGGAAAAGAGUAUUGAAAAGUUGCUUCUUGAGGAUAGACGAGAUGGCAUCAUGCAUAUGCAGUGAAUGUGGUAGUGUGGGCUAUCAAUGUGGCUUCCCACCGAGCACAUUGAAACCGACGGGCUCCACUGCAGUGGUGGCAGUUUUGACGGAUGAAACUAUCAUUGUAGCAAACUGUGGUGACUCACGUGCUGUUCUUAGCCGCAGUGGAAGUGCAAUCCCUCUUUCUUAUGAUCAUAAGCCAGACAAACAAGAAGAACGUGCCAGAAUAGAGGCAUGCGGAGGUCGAGUUGUUUUUGCAGAUGGAGCACGAGUUGAAGGAAUCCUUUCCAUGUCUAGGGCAAUUGGCGACAACUAUUUAAAGCCAUAUAUCACAUCGGAGCCGGAGAUGACCUUCACAAAAAGGGAAGCGGAGGAUGAGUGCUUGAUUCUUGCGAGUGAUGGCUUGUGGGAUGUUAUAUCAAGUGAGAUAGCGUGUGCGGUGGGUAGAGAGUGUCUUCGAGAAAGAGAUCCAGCUGGGGACCUUAGUUCCAGGCCUUUGGUAGAAGGUGAUGGCAGAGGAGAUAUGUUUUCUUCACGAAGUGCAUGCUCAGCAGCAGCGCUGCUCACACGGCUUGCUCUAGGCCGGAAUAGCCGCGACAACAUUAGUGUAAUUGUGGUGGACUUAAAAAGAAACCACACUGCUGUGUAGUUUCUAGAGCUAGAAUGUAACAUAUGAGGCACUGUUCAAGUUUUUACACCUAAUCAGGUAGCUUACCAUUUGGGUUUUCCUCUUCUAUUGUCAUUUGCAAGUGAUCUUCUACAUAAUGAAGUAGACAAUUUAGACAUGAACAGCUGGUAAAGGUUUGAGCUCAUGCAGUGGUAAUUAAGAGGUUCUACUCUCCCGUCAUGUUAUAUGUGGCUGGCGUUUGGUUGAACAUGAAACUUAGUAUGCCUUUGGACAUGCGAUUGCAUUUCAUGAUUUGAAAUUAUGAGAUGAAUUCAA